AUGGCCAUAGGGCCACCGGAGACGGGAUGGACCGGCGCCGGCGCCGGUGAGAGACAGAAAGCUAGGGUUCUUGAGGCGGCGGCUAGGUGUGCGGCCUUGUCUAAAAGGGUCAGCGGGAAGAGCCUAUUCGGCUCGCGCUCAACGGCAAAAUCGAAUUUCUUCGCAAGGCUUGCAGAAGGCCACUCCCCACCUGUCAACUUUGAGAUCAACGGCCACCAGUACAACAAGGGAUACUAUCUAGCUGAUGGUAUAUAUCCUCAGUGGUCAAUUUUUGUGAAGACAAUCUCGAAACCCCAAGGUGGGAAGAGAAAGAGAUUUGCCCAAAUGCAAGAGAGUGCUAGAAAGGAUGUGGAACGUGCUUUUGGUGUGCUUCAAUCCCGGUGGGGUAUCGUUCGAAACCCUGCACUGUCAUGGGAUGAAAGGAAGCUUUGGGAGGUGUUGGCUGCUUGUGUGAUCAUGCAUAACAUGAUCGUCGAGGACGAGCGUGAUGCGAGUAUCUUCGACCAAGGAUUUGAUUAUCAAGAUGAGGAUCUCUUGAGGGAGAUCCUGCUCCGCCUGCCCCUGGACCUUCACUCUCUCUCCCGCGCAUCCGCCGUCUGCAAGCCAUGGCGAGGCAUCGUCGUCGAUCACAAGUUCGUCCACCGGUUCUAUACACGCCAUCGUAAGCCGCCCCUCCUCGGAUUCUUCCAGCACGGCGACCAUGAGAUCAGGUUCACCCCCGUCUGCUUGCCCCCCGCUCCCGACCGCAUCCUACCCGGGAGCUUCUCCCUUGGACAACGCUACAGCAACUCCGAGGUGAGGGAGGUGCUGGAUUCCCGCCACGGCCGCGUCCUCCUCACCAGCUGGGUCAUCGUCGACGGCUGGGUGCGUGAAGAGGUUGUUGUGUAUGAUCCUAUCACCAGCAAGCAGCAGCAUCGUGUGUCCAUUCCGCUGGGGUUUAGGAGAAUUGGUGGCUUGGUCAAUGGGGCAGUGUUCUGCGCCGCUGCCGUCCGUGAUCACGUGCACGACAACCGCCACUCAUGCCCCUUCAAGGUGGUCUUGUUGUCCCACAGAAAAUGUAAGCAUCCAUACGCCUGCGUUUAUUCCUCCGAGACUGACACAUGGAGCAAUAUCAUCUCAACAGAGGCUCCAGAUGAUACUCCUUUUGGUGUUUCUCCUAGCACCCUUAUAGGUAAUGCCCUUUACUGGCCGGCUAAGCAUAAGGGAGAUAGCAUUCUUCAGUUUGAUUUGGGGACGCAGAACCUUGCUGUCAUAAAGGGGCCUCCUGGUAUGAACAUGGAUGAUUUCGACAACUUUCAUAUCAUUCAGGCAGAGGAUGGCGCUGUUGGUCUUGCUGCGUUGUCUCACAUUGAGCUUCAAAUGUGGGAGAGGAAGGUUGAUUGUCAAGGUGUUGCCAUAUGGUUAUUGCAGAAGACUGUUUCAUUGAGUAAACUUCUUAAGGUCCCUCCUCGGACUGAGCAGAGUUACGAAUCACUUAAAGUGGUGGGGUAUGAUGAGGAUAAUAAUGUAAUCUUAUUGGCUAGGCACGACGGCGUCUAUAUGGUUCAGUCCAAGUUAUUGCAAGCCAGGAAACUUAAUGGAACCGGUUCUACACAUUAUUGUUAUACUUUUACGAGUUUCUAUCCACUAGGCAGAACCAUUGAUGGUGGAACCAAUGGAGCUGACAAUGUCAGGAUGACUCUGGUUUGAUGUGGUAAUUUUUUGAAAUGGGUCAA